AUGCCGAACCUUUGGUACUUGUUUGCCCACUCUGCAGUGGGAACGCUGAAUAGGCUCACGCUUGAUGUACACGAGAAGACUAUAUUCGCCCUCAUCCGCACUUAUGGUGGGAUUUUUGGGGUUGCAUAUCUACUAUAUUGGAUCGGGGUGGUCACGUACCGGCUCACAUUGCACCCUUUAGCACACAUCCCCGGUCCAUUCCUUUGUCGUAUCAGCUCCCUCCAGCAAUGCUACUUCGAAGCAAUACUGAACGGUAGAUUCCUGGAGAGAUUUCCCGAGUAUCACCGGAGAUAUGGACCCGUAGUUCGAAUCAGUCCCAAUGAGGUUCAUCUUAACGAUUCUUCUAUGUACCAUGAAAUAUACAAAAAUAACUCCAUGUUUACAAAGGACGCCACUUCGUAUGCACUGGGCGUCUCAGAAGCCAUGGCCUUCACCGUCUCGGUGGAAAAGCACCGCCAGAAGCGCAAGACAUUGGACCCGAACUUCUCCAAGGGCCGGGUCGCGUUGAUGGAGGACGGUUUUUACGAAGAGCUUGAACUGGUCUUUGACCGAAUCACCGAGUACGAGCAGCGAGGCGAGCCCCUCCCGGGAGAUAUUAUUUCCCGUUAUCUAUUCGGAAAGAGUCUAGAUCUGGUCUCAUCAUCGAACUUCGUCGAGCGCGCCGAACAGAUGCGAUCCUUCACCAAGGGUAUCUGGAUCGCGAUCCAUUUUCAAUUCAUACGUAAUACCCUGCUGGCCCUACCACGGUGGAUACUUGCGUAUUUGAGUGAUACGUUCGUGAAAAUCCUCUGGUUCACUGAAAGGCUCGCCGAACAGGCUAUCCAGGAUUUUGACAUGCAAGAAGCACUGGCUAAGAGCCCCAUCGAUGAAACCAUCUUCGACCGUCUCCUCACAGACAGCGCCCGGCGACAGGCGAGCGGCAAGGAUCUGCGACCGUUGCGUUUCCGCGAACUGGCUGACGAGAGUGUGGGGAUACUGAACGCAGGCACUGAGCCUACAGCCACGAUGCUGAGCUAUGCGACCUAUUUCUGGCUCAAGUUCCCUCAUGUUCAGUCCAGGGUGUUAGAGGAGCUGGCCUCAGUUCAACAAGUAAAGGGUCGAUUACCGCUGCAGCAGUUGGAGAAUCUGCCCUAUUUUACGGGCUUCGUUAAAGAAAGUCUCCGCUACAUGCCACUCGUCCCCGGCCGCCUGCCUCGCACAGUACCGCCGGGAGAAGGCUUAUACGUUCCAUCAACGAAGCAAACUAUCCCACCAGGGUCGGUUGUUGGUAUGAGUCACCUGGCUAUUCACUUCGAUCCAGAUGUAUUUGAGCAGCCGGACGAGUUUCGGCCCGAACGUUGGAUUGGUGAACAGGGCAAGGCACUUAAUCGCUGGCUGCUGUCUUUUUCUAAAGGGCGGACUGAUUGUAUCGGGAAGACGUAA